AUGGCUUGCAAAAAGGUCUACAUACAGCAACUCAGUGACAUUCAUGUCACAAUUCUGCACAACGAAGAAGGCGCCGGUCUUGGCUUCAGCUUAGCCAGUGGAGUAGACCUAGAGAACAAAGCUAUUACGGUUCACAGAGUUUUCCCCAGUGGCCUAGCAUGCCAGGAAGGAACUAUUCAGAAAGGAGAUGAAGUCUUAUCCAUAAACGGGAAGUCUCUAACAGGCAGCACUCACAAUGAAGCGCUGGAGAUAUUGCGGAAGCGGCACCCAAAGCAGGCAGUCAUUGUCACGAGAAAACCCAGAGAGGGCAAAAGAAGCCUCGAUGCAUCCGUUGGGUCCUCUGCAUCUAUAGGAAGUGAAACUUCAAUGGCCUGUACAUCCAAAGACCUGAUCUUCACCGUUAUGUUGGAGAAGACAUCAGCCGGUUUAGGUUUCAGUUUAGAAGGAGGGAAAGGCUCCAUCCAUGGAGAUAAGCUCAUCAUCGUCAACCAACUUUUCAAAGGGGUAGCAUCAGAACGCAGCCCCACCGUUCAGCCUGCAGAUGAGUUACUACAGGUGCACACAAACCUGAUGCAAGGACUCACCCGUUUUGAAGCCUGGAACCUCAUCAAGACGUUACCUGAUGGGCCUAUUACGGCUGUCAUCAAGAGAAAGAGCUCCAUCAGCAAAACAGCUGAAUCUCUACAUGGACAAGAAUAACAGUAACUAAAAAGAGACCAACCUGAGCAAGACCCUGAAC